AUGACCUUACUCGACAGUGGAGCAACAGUUCAUAUCACCAAUAAAUGGGAUAAGCUUAUUAAUAUGCAGUUGAAUGUUCAAAUAAUCAUGGCCAGAAAAAUAGAGAUCCAAAUAUUAUGGAGCGAGCAAACAAAUAAGGACCUUUGCCAUGUCAAAUGCACUGGCAAGCUAUAUCUACUUGAAUGGAACUCAAAUAAGAAUUCUAAGACAUCCCUAUCAAAGGAGUUAGCCUUAAGUUCGUUUGACAAAAGAAUACUGAAGGAUCCCACACAGGCCACUAAGGAAGCAAACAUUACCGCAUUGUUCCAAAAAAGGAACAAGGAAGGAUUCAAGGAAAAAUGCGAAGUCUAUGCAAUUAUCAAGAUACGCAAGAAAAUCAGCAGAGUUCUAAUGACGCCACCGACAAGGCUAUUCCAAAAGUUAUUUGUGGAUAUUAUUGUCAUGAAUCUUGCAAUAAACAAGAAUUCAUAUGCAUUGCAUGCUGUUAACCCAUACACGAAGUUUCACAUCCUAAUGACAACUCGUACAAAGUCAGUCAACUUCAACCUUGAAAACAUGAUUGAAGAGAUCAAACAUACCUUCAAGACAAGGAUUGAGGAGAUCCAACUAGAUGGAGAGUCAUCGCUUAAUGGAAUUAGCUUCAGGGACUAUUCUCAAAAGAGAAAAAUCAGACUGAUUGUCACCGUGCUAGAUACACUAGAGCAAAACGGCCCAAGCGAGCGAGCUGGAGGAAUUAUCAGCAUGAAAUCUU